GCAGAGUCACGCGCAUGCGCACUGCUGUCAUCAGAGAUGGCGCUGCGUGAAGGAUCCCGGCGGUUACAGCUGCUGUUCCGCCUUCGUCAUUUACCCCAGUUCUCUCGGUUUGUUGGCGUCCGCUCGGUGUCUGAAAAUGUCUCCUCCAAGUCCAGUGCCCCCGAGACCGCGGACGACCACCUAAUCUACACACCAGAGCACUUUGCAUUAAAGGAGGCCCUGAGAAAGAUCAUCGACCAGGAGAUCAACCCCUAUGUGGAUCAGUGGGAAGCAGAUGGGAUAUUUCCAGCCCACAAGAUCUUCAAGAUCUUGGGAAACGCUGGCUUCCUUGGAGUCAACAAGCCAGUUGAGUAUGGAGGCUUGGGACUUGACUUCAGCUACAGUGUUGCUGUGGCGGAGGAACUGGGUAACAUCCGCUGUGGAGGCAUCCCCAUGGCGAUCGGGGUUCAAACCGACAUGACUACUCCAGCAUUAGCCAGGUUUGGCUCAGAUGAGCUCAAGAAGGAGUUCCUCCUUCCUUCAGUCAUGGGGGACAAAGUGGCUUGUCUUGGGGUCAGUGAGGUUGGAGCUGGCUCCGAUGUCUCAAGUAUCAAGACCAAGGCUGUGAGAAAAGGGGAUGAGUAUGUGAUAAACGGGGGCAAAAUGUGGACCACCAACGGUACUCAAGCUGACUGGAUGUGUUUGCUGGCAAACACCAGUGAUGGGCCCCCGCACAGGAACAAAUCUCUCAUCUGUUUGCCCAUGAAUCUGCCAGGAGUCAACGUUGCCCGUAAGAUUGAUAAAAUGGGUAUGUGGUCAUCAGACACAGCUGAAGUGUUUUUUGAUGAUGUCCAUGUGCCCUGCAAGAACGUCAUUGGGGAAGAAGGCAUGGGCUUCACCUAUCAGAUGCUGCAGUUCCAGGAAGAGAGGCUCUGGGCAGUGGCCAACAUUGUGACCACCAUGGAAAACAUCAUCCAGGAGACCAUCCAGUACACCCGGCAGAGGAAGAUCUUCAAGCUCCCGGUCCUUUACCACCAAACCGUUCACUUCCGGCUGGCUGAGCUUCAAACCGAGGUGGAACUGCUUCGCUCCCUCCUGUAUCGGGCAACAGCAUUGUACAUUAAAGGGAACGACGUCACAAAACUGGCAUCCAUGGCCAAAUUAAAGGGGGGCCGGCUGGCCAGAGAACUGAGUGACAGCUGUCUUCAGUACUGGGGGGGCAUGGGCUUCACCAGCGAUGUGCUCGUUAGCAGGUUUUACAGGGAUUCCAGAUUACUGUCCAUUGGUGCUGGUGCUGACGAGGUCAUGCUGGGAAUUAUCUGCAAGUACAUGGACACCUUACCCAGGAAGUGAUGUCAUCAGCAGCAGAUUCCUGGUUGAUGCCACAGAUGAUUGUAAUUAAUGCAUGAGACACCUACAGAAGUGCAAUUUUUAAACCAUCCUGACCUGUAAUGAAACUUAGUUUGGAAAUCUUUAUCUUUGUUAACUUUAUGCUUCUUUUUUGAGGAAUUCACGAAAUAAACUUUGAACAAAUGGAAACACAAAAUGUAGCAUAAAAUCUGUUUAUUUACAUUUUUACUCAAAAGAAUGAAGUACUCUGUGGUGAUUUACAAUGUCAGAUGUUGUAAUAUAGACGAGUUCCUUGUGGGACUGAACAGUUGUAAUGAUUUUGUAUAACAAAUGGAUAUGUUUGUAAAUCUGUGGCACAAUAAUUAAAUGAACAAAAAAGUGGUUGAAAUUGUGUUUUAUGGAAACUUUACUCUGACUGUAUUUAAGACUGUAGUAUAAAGUUGUGGUUUCAGCUCUGAUAUCAGCAGCUUUUAAUACAAAAAAAAAA